AUGGCGCAUUCUUACCAGGAGCUCUUCCUGGCCGCGGAGUCCGGGGCCGCCAGCGUCUUCGCCUCCCUCUCCCCCACCGACCUCGCCGCUGCCCUCUCCCUCCGGAACGAGGACGUCCGAUCCCCCGUCCACGUCACCGCCGCCUCCGGCCACCCCAAGGUCGUCACCGCGCUUGUGGAUGCGGUGGGCGACGCCGUGGCGAGCGCCGUGAACGGGAAGGACGAGGAAGGGUGGGCUCCGAUUCACUCCAUGGCCAGCAGCGGCAACACCGAGAUCGUCGAUAUCCUGCUCGAACACUGGAGUCGAUGA